CCUCUUCAAAUAUAUGACGCAAAGCAACUUUAAAUCUUGCUCCUUAGUUCCCCGUUUUGAGCUGUCAGUUUUGAUUUAACAGCUCGCCAUUGCUGGGCUGGGCUGGGCUGGGCUGAACCGGGCGGGCCAGUCCAUCCUGUUUCCGUUCACCCUGCGUGUAUUUUCUCCUUUUCGGUCGAGUAAACUGCAAGAGGAAGAUAGGGAGAAACAAAAACAAUGUUGCAGUCGGUGUUCUGCCGCUUGUCCAGGAUCCCCAGAGUGAGGAGAUACUCGGCGGCUGCCGCUAUUCCAGCUCCGUCAACUCAGCCGGACAUUCACUUCAACAAGAUUUUUAUUAAUAAUGAAUGGCAUGACGCUGUCAGUAAGAAAACAUUCCCCACCAUCAAUCCUACCACAGGGGAAAUCAUCUGUCAAGUUGCUGAAGGAGAUAAGGCUGACGUGGAGAAGGCGGUGAAGGCCGCAAAAGAUGCAUUUAAACUUGGAUCACCUUGGCGAUUAACAGAUGCAUCAGCAAGAGGGUUACUUUUAAACCGCCUUGCUGACCUCAUUGAGCGUGACAAAGCAUACUUAGCGUCAUUGGAGACAUUGGACAAUGGAAAACCAUACCACAUUGCCUAUAUGGUAGACCUAGAUUUGGUUAUUAAAUGCAUCAGGUACUAUGCAGGCUGGGCUGAUAAAUACCAUGGCAAAACUAUUCCCAUUGAUGGAGACUAUUUCUGCUAUACACGUCAUGAACCAGUUGGCGUGUGUGGUCAAAUCAUCCCGUGGAAUUUUCCAUUGGCAAUGCAGUCCUGGAAACUGGGACCAGCCUUGGCAACUGGAAAUGUGGUGGUGAUGAAGCUGGCAGAGCAGACCCCACUAACGGCCCUCUAUGUGGCAAGUUUGAUCAAAGAGGCUGGGUUCCCACCAGGAGUAGUGAAUAUUAUUCCCGGCUAUGGACCAUCAGCUGGGGCAGCUAUUGCCGCGCAUAUGGAUGUGGAUAAAGUUGCAUUUACAGGAUCCACGGAGGUUGGCCAUCUUAUCCAGCAGGCUGCAGGGAAAAGUAAUUUGAAGAAGGUGACAUUGGAACUGGGUGGGAAAAGUCCGAACAUCAUUCUUUCCGACGCCGAUGUGAACUUUGCCGUUGAGGAGGCCCACACUGCGCUAUUCUUUAACCAAGGACAAUGCUGCUGCGCUGGAACACGUACUUAUGUUCAAGAAGCUAUCUACGAUCAAUUUGUGGAGCAGAGUGUGGAGAGAGCAAAACGUCGUACAGUGGGAGAUCCAUUUGACGCCAAGAAUGAGCAAGGGCCACAGGUGGAUGAAGAGCAAUUUAAUAAAAUUCUGGGAUACAUUAGUACUGGAAAAAAAGAAGGAGCCAAGCUACUCUGUGGAGGUGAAGUGGCAGCAGAUCGUGGCUACUUUAUCCAGCCUACAGUGUUUGGAGAUGUGAAGGAUGAAAUGAGAAUUGCUAGAGAGGAGAUUUUUGGACCAGUGAUGCAGAUUCUGAAGUUUAAGACAUUGGAAGAGGUGAUUGAACGAGCAAACGAUACCAAAUAUGGACUUGCAGCUGCAGUUUUCACCAACGAUAUCAAUAAAGCUCAUUACAUCUCUCAUGGAUUACGCGUAGGAACUGUCUGGAUAAAUUGCUAUGAUAUAUUUGGGGCUCAAGCUCCAUUUGGUGGAUACAAAGCAUCAGGCAAUGGACGGGAACUUGGAGAGGAUGGAUUAGCAGCGUACACAGAAGUGAAAACUGUGACAACUAAGGUACUUAAGAAGAAUUCCUAAACCCAUCCAUCCACUAACUUUAGAUGAACUUGUAGGCUUUUUAAGAAUGGAUUUCAAAAGGAAGUGACACGUUUAAAAUGACUAAAUAAUUCAUUAAUCAAAAACGAUGAUAUAAUCAUACUCACAAUCAUACUCACAAUCAAAAACUUGAUGAUAUAAUCAUCACAUUAAGUUUAUGCUUGAUCUACCUAAUUUUUUUGUCUUAAAAAAAAAUGUAUAACAGGAAACUUCUUCAAAUGUCUGAAAAUGAGAUUUGAUUAUAGUUAUAAUUUCAAUUGUGGUAAUCGAGGAAAGAAAUUGGUUGGAUAAUGAAUAUAUAAGCCAUUUAUUGGAAUUCAGUUUUAUUGGUUUACUGUCAGAUUUAAAAUAUUUACUGUAUUUGGUAUCAUUAAGGGUGCUACUGCUUUUCUUUCUUUUUUUCCCCCCCCCCCGUCUUUAAAUCUUUGAAAAUAAUUGGAAGGGGUUCGAUCCAAGAUUUCUCAUUAACUGCUUCACGCACACCAUACAUAUCGCAAGGUAUAACAAGACUGAAUGCACAUUUUUAACUUUUCUACUGCUUAAUUUUCCGUCAUGAUAGUUUGUAAUAAUUCUGUCAUUUGUAUGUAUGAAGGUUUGGACAGUAGAUUUGAAUACAAGAACCACUUGCACUGUACAGCAUACAAUAAAGAAAAUGUAUUGCUAAUUUA